AAGGGCGAGCAGUGGCAGCGGGCACUCGUGCUGCUCAGCGAGAUGCGGGAGGCAAGGCUAGAGUCUGACGUCAUCAGCUACAGCGCUGGGAUCAGCGCGUGCGAGAAGGGCGAGCAGUGGCAGCAUGCUCUGGCACUACUCAGCGAGAUGCGGGACGCGAAGCUAGAGCCCAACGCCGUAAGCUACAAUGCUGGGAUCAGUGCGUGCGAGAAGUGCGUGCAGUGGCAGCAGGCACUGGUGCUUCUCAGCGAGAUAUGCGAGACGAAGCUUGAGGCCAACGUCAUCGCUCCUACAAUGCAAGAGCCCGCGCGCGCCGGAGAGUUAUGCGCAUCAAUCGCAUUUUCAGCUACAAGGCCGGGAUCAGCGCGUGUGGAAAAGGCGAGCAGUGGCAGUGGGCGCUGGCGCUGCUCAGCGAGAUGUGGGAGGCGAAGCUGGAGCUCGACUAAGCUACAACGCAGGGAUUAG